CAGAGACUACUAUAUUUUGACAGCUUCUCAGGUGAGAGACACCUCGUCCAGAAGCUGUUUCACUUUCUCUUGAGUUGCCGAACACACUCGCUGUGAGCCUGGGGUUGUUACACUCAAAAAACAACAAUCUGAAGCCCAUACACCACGGCACCAUGAGUAAGAAGAAAAAGGACUGGAGAACAGAGAAAGAGCGCUUGUUGAAGAUGGGACUUGAUGAGCGACGCAAGGAGUAUCGUGGCAACUUCACGUCUCUUGACAAGAUACCCACAUGGAGGAAAAACGAAAAGACUGCAGGGAAAGGGGACGAUGAGGAGAAGAAAGGACAGCCCUUCUGCCCGAGUGAGAAAGUGUCUCUGCACAAGGGUGACAUCACCAUUCUAGAGGUGGACGCCAUUGUGAAUGCCGCAAACUCCUCUCUACUGGGUGGUGGAGGAGUGGACGGCUGCAUCCAUCGAGCGGCGGGCCCGUGCCUCUACGAGGAGUGCCACACGCUGAACGGCUGCGUCACCGGAAAAGCCAAGAUCACCGGCGGCUACGACCUCCCAGCGAAAUAUGUGAUCCACACGGUGGGUCCCAUAGCCAGAGGACUGGUGGGCUCGUCCCAGAGGGAGGACCUGGAGGCCUGCUACAAGAACUCUCUGCAGCUGGUCAAGGACAACGGCCUGCGCUCUGUGGCCUUCCCAUGCAUAUCCACAGGAAUUUAUGGCUUUCCCAACGAGCCGGCUGCGGAGAUAGCCUUGAGAACCGUCAAGUCCUGGGUCAGGAGGAACAGAGAUGAGGUCAUUCAUGAGCGAUGCUGAUUGGUUGCCCUGCAGUCCUCCUCCCUUCGUGACCAACGGCGGCGUCUCUUCAGGGACGGGCCUUUGCCUGUUUUAUGCCCCACUGUUAAAACCAAUGGACUGAGAAUUCAUUUAUGAGUUCAUCCCCAUUGCCUUUGUUUUGAUUACAUUCACACCCUCCGCACGCACGGCAAAGGGGAGACAAACACACACACACACAUAUAGGCCGGCCGGUCACUCUCACUGUUUAUCUGCCGUCCUUUAACGGCGGCACAACAGACACUCUACCUCCAUAUAUACUGUAAUAAACUGCAGAUUGUUGAAAUACAGUGAAUCACUCUCGGUAAACAGUGGGGUUUUUUUUCUUCAUGGGGAUGAAAAUGCUCUGACUGAAACAGCAUAGAGCAGUGAUAAAAAAGGAAAACGCUCAGAGACAUUGAGUCAUGCUA